UCAUGUAUAACGAAACAUUCAGUGAACGACGUGUGAGAAUACCCGACUAAACACGGAUUGAAUUAUUCUUCGAUGUUUAUUGUUUUUAUUUGAUGUAGAUCUAUUAAAAAUAAUAAGACAAAAAAAAAAAAAACUCUUAAAGGGUUGAAGAGAACAUAAUGGCUGAAAAACAAGGAAGGACGCCAGAACUCAAAAGUGAAACCCCAAGUCCUUCAGAGAAGAAGUCUAAAAAAGAGAAAAAGUCUAAGAAAGAAGGAAAGCAAGAGCCACCUAAUGAAAAUACAGAAAAAUCAGAUCCAAGUCAACCCCAGAAAAGUAAAGCAGAAUUAAAGGCAGAAAGAAGAGCCAAACAAGAAGCCCAGAGAGCAGCCAAGCAAGAGAAAAAGGAUGCUGGUGCUGCAUCUGGAGGGAAAAAGGAGGGUUCUGGUACAAACACCAAGAAAGAUACCCCUUCAUCAACCUCGGGGAAGGAAGCUUCCUCUGCCUCAGGAGUGAAGAAGGAACCGAAAAGGGUCCCUGAUCACCUGAAAGCUGAUGAUGCAGAAACCCAGAAACGAGUUGCAAAGAGAUUAGAAAAACAGCACCUUCCACAGCGGACUGUCGCGCAGCGUAAAGUCCGUCUGUUCAACCACCUCCAUCAGUAUGAGAGGGAAGUCUCCCUAACGCAGUCAUUUUCUUUUUCCUCUGGUGGAGUACAUCCUGUUAUCAUCAAAUUGGGACUGCAGUAUGCAGAGGGAGUAAUAUGUGGGUCAAAUGCCCGCUGUCUAGCCAUGCUAGCAGCAUUUAAACAGGUAAUUCAGGACUAUACAACUCCCCCACAAAAAGAACUCUCAAGAGACCUGGAAGCCAAGUUGAAGCCAUAUAUUAGUUUCUUGAACCAGUGUCGCUUGAUGUCCGUCAGUAUGGGAAAUGCAGUCAAGCAUCUGAAGCACCAUAUAACUCAUAUACCCAAUAACCUACACGACCAUGAGGCUAAACGCAAACUAUUGGAUACCAUUGAUAAUUACAUUAAGGAAAGGAUAAUCCUCUCUGCUGAAGCUAUUUCAAAAUAUGUCAAGGAUGAGGAGAAAAUAAAAGAUGAUGAUGUUAUUCUUGUUUAUUCAUGUUCUUCAAUUGUACGUAGAGUGCUGUGUGAUGCUUGGAAUCAAGGGAAGAAGUUCAAGGUCAUUGUGGUGGAUGCUCGACCAAAAAUAGAAGGUAAGGAGAUGCUAAGAAGACUGGUGAGGGCUGGCAUCCCAUGCACCUACAUCAUGAUCAAUGCUGCUUCAUACGCAAUGCAAGAGGCCACCAAGGUGAUGCUAGGAGCCCAUGCCCUGCUGGCUAAUGGCUGUGUCAUGUCGAGGGUAGGGACCUCUCAGAUAGCCCUGAUAGCCAAAGCCUGCAAUGUACCAGUCCUUGUGUGCUGCGAAACGUACAAGUUCUGUGAGCGAGGACAGACAGAUUCCUUUGUGUAUAAUGAACUAGGUGACCCUGAUGAUCUAGUGUUCAUUGGAAGUAAGACACCCUAUCUAAAUGACUGGAGGGACUACAGCUCUUUGACCCUGUUGAAUCUAGUCUAUGAUGUGACCCCUCCAGAGUUCAUCUCCUUGGUGAUAACUGAACUAGGACUGAUUCCGUGUACUUCUGUUCCUGUUGUUCUUCGCAUGAAACAGGCAGAAACAAAUGAAACUUGAAUAUUUCAAUUAAAUUAUCUUACUCUCUGGAGUAUGCAGUUUCGAUUUGAAUUACAUUUACAAGUAUGUGGAUUGUAGAGACAUUUUCUCAUGCAAACAACAAGAAUACCAUUCACAUAUGAUACUUACCAAUGCUAUGUAAAAUACCAAUUUAUUUUCAACUCACCGGAUUACCACCCCACCCCACUAAUGAUACCUAAGGUCUAAGGUGGGGCCACAAAAGGUUUUCAAAGUUUUACAUAGUACUUUAUAGAAAAAUUCUUUAAAAAUCUUUCGAUAUCAGCAAUAUUUGACUUUUCCUUUUCCAUUUAAAUACCUAGCCGAGCAGCUCUGUAGGUUAGAAUACCGACUUCUGAACUGUAGGUUACAGGUUCGAGUCCAGCAGGGGUUUUAAAUUUUUUUCAGAUUACCUUCUACUAAAACUGUAUUUUUACAAAAUAAAGUAAAUUUGAAAAUUUUCAA